AUGGCUAGUCACCCCCCAACAGAGGUCAACCCAGAGCUUUCUCUUUUUCCAUCUGACUUGUCAAACCAGAGUGCCAUCACAACUCGCAACUCCACCGGCUAUCCACAGCAUCAACGCACUGAAAGCAUGGACGAUUUUGUUCUCGUCGAUUGUGUCCCUUCUACGGGCCCCGACGAUCAGUCCGACACCGAAGCUAACCUAAAUUGGAAGGACCCUCGGGGAAAUACGAUCAAAAUUGUGGACCCGGGCUCAUCUGAUUCUCAACCGUCACAGUCGCCAUACGCAGGCUUAUCCCCUACGGAAGACAGAUACCAAAGUCUGAGAAAGACAUGCGAGUGCAUGAAAGGCGCAUUCGAUUGUAUGGAUCCUUAUGCGUUGGAAAACAUACGAAAUGACACGCAGAAAAUCAUGCAUCUGCAGCAACUCGUCAUCCGUCUAAGUCAUGAAGCCGCCUUCAAUGAGGAUGAGCGGAGGCAACAUCUGGACGUCUUGAAGACUUACUUUAAGUCGACAUCUAGCGAAAGACGAUUGUUUGCGGAGGUAAAGAACCUAAGGGACGAGGUGGGUCGGCUCGAGCUUCUCCUGGACAAAAGGGCGGAAGAAUUAGAGAUGCACCUCGGCGAGGCGGAAUACUGGAAGAAGCGAGCGAUGGGCCCUAUGUAG